AUGUCUAAUACAACAAGUGGUCAACAACUUAGACGUGAACAGACGCCACAGGGCUGGGACAACUCUGCAACCAGCUAUGAUGAGAUGAUGGCAAAGACCAAGUUCACUGAGAAGUAUGCCUUGGUGGCACUUGAUCAAACAAUCCCAGCCAAUACAACACUGCCAAGUGGUAUCAAGAUCAUUGACAUUGGUGCUGGCUCAGGUGCCUUGUCAAUCCCAGCCGCUGAGCGUGUCAAGCCAUAUGGUGGAACAGUGCUCUCGACUGACUUCUCCCCAUCGAUGGUCAACAUCAUCAAUCAAAAGAUUGGUGACCUCCCAAUCGAGGCCAAGGUGAUGGAUGGUCAGUGUUUGGAGUGCGCCGAAAACACAUUCGACUUUGCCUACAGCAUCUUUGUCCUUCUCUUCUUCCCCGACCAACUCAAGGGCGCCAAGGAGAUGCACCGUGUGCUGCGUCCAGGUGGCAAGGCCAUCAUCGCACUGUGGUCCAAGUCAUCGCCGCUAAUGUCUUCGUUUGGCACAACCAUUGGACGUCUGUAUAGUGAGGCUGGUCUGGCAGCCCCACCCCCUCCACCCUACGUACCGACCUCAACAGACGAUCAACUAUUCGAUCAUCUACACCUGUCUGAUAUGUUCAAGAGUGUUAAGAUCGUACCAACACAACAUUCAUUGGAUAUUGACAUUGAUACAUUCGUCAGACUGCUUGACUCGAACCCUGUCGUCACCAGUACCAAGGCCUCACUUCCAGAAUCAAUCCGCCACAAGUUCAACGACACAUUCUCUCAAGUGUUAAACGAGAAGUUCCCCAGUGGACAGAUGAGUGGCGAGUAUCAAGCCUACAUAGCCAUUGCUGAGAAGUGA